AUGUCAAAGACCAAUACCCCAACUGUUCUUUCUAAAUUCCAAGACCCUGUUAACUUUUGUCCGAAGGUUGUACUUUCUUUAUCAAUGGGAUCAACUGAUGUCUAUACAAUGGAGUUUCAACCUUCAUCCCAAAUCAAAACCCUUAAACUGUUUGAUGAAUGUCCAUAUAAUUCCAAUACUGAAAUUCAAGGUUCUCGGGAUAAUCUUGAAGAUCAGCGUGAGAAAGUUUCUUUAGCUUCUAAAUGUGAAAGCGGGAUUUCUGGUAUCGAUAAUGGGCAAGAUACUCAUAUGUUCAAGAAUGGCUUAAUAAGAGUUCAUGAGGAGGAUAAGAUGUAUGGGAUAAUCAAGAAUAAGUAUGUUUCUAGUUUGAGUAAUUGUGGACUGCAUACUGAAGUUGAGGCCAUACAUAAGAAAGAUUACUCUGGUGUCAUGUGCCAAGCGAAGUUACAGUCCUUUUGUAUAUACACACGAGCAAUGGAGCAAAAUAUCAGGGGCGGCGCCAAUGUCAAAUAUGCUUGGUAUGGUGCUUCCAAGAAUGAGCUCAACGACAUUCUUUUGCACGGUUUUGGCCAUUCCAUGAAUAUUGGAGAAUAUAGUGGUGGGAUUUGUCUUUAUCCGGCUGAUUACCCUAUCGGAAGUUUUCAAUCCUCUGUUGCUGAUGAGGAUGGAUUAAGGCAUUUGUUACUUUGUCGUGUCCUAUUGGGAAGGACGGAGAUUGUUCAACCGAAUUCAGGACAGUCUAAUCCAAGUUCUGAUAAAUUCGAUUCUGGGGUCGACAAUUUAGCGUGUCCUAAAAAGUACGUUGUUUGGAGCACUCGCUUGAAUACUCAUCUCUUGCCAGAAUACAUUGUUAGUUUCAGAUCUUCAACUGGUUUGGAAGGUUAUCAAAGAAUUUCGCAUCCUCUGAGAAGGCCAAUUUCAAAUUUUAUUCCAUUUCCAGCUCUCAUAAAAGCACUUUCGAAGUUCUUACCUCCUGAUGCCAUCAAAGUGAUAGCAAAACAUUAUGGUGAUCAUAAGGAGAAGAAGAUGACACGGCUCGAAUUGAUUCAACGAUUGAGAAAUAUAGCAGGGGACAAGUUGUUGCUUGUAGUCAUAAAGUCUUACAUGGACAAGAUGAAAGCACCGCAAAUCGGCUUCUCGCGUAACUGCAACAAUCGAGGCGUGAACUCAGACUUGCAGGAAUGGAUGACGUCUUUGCGAUAG